CUUUUAAUUAUUUGUAUUAAUAUUUUUCUUCUGCUAAAUUGAGAGUAACUGAGAGGAGAAGAGAGAGAGAGAGAGAGAGAGAGAGAGUGUGCGAGUGCGUGUGUGAGAGAGAGAGAGAGGGGAAUCAGAUUAGCGCUUUUGAAUUUUCUGUCAGAUUCUGAGGACCCAAAAUCUAGGGUUUUCUGGUUGUGGUUCUUCCCGGAUAUGCAGUCCAAGUCUGAAACUGCAAAUCGACUGAGGUCGGAUCCACAUUCCUUUCAACCUAGUGGUGUUUGUUCUGAGCCUUGGUGGCAUGGUGGUGGCUACAGUGCUAUCCCUCAAGCAAUGCCUGGUGCAAAUGCAUCCAAUUCCUCCUCUCUUGAAUGCCCUAAUGGUGAAUCAGAAUCCAAUGAGGAAGGUCAGUCCUUAUCCAAUAGUGGGAUGAAUGAGGAAGAUGAUGAUGCUGCCAAGGAUUCACAACCUGCCGAUCCUAAUCAAUCAGGAAAUUAUGGGCAAGAAAACCAAGGGAUGCAGCAUUCUGCACCUUCAAUGCGCGAAGAAGGCCUCGCUCAGGCUCCACAGCUGGAACUCGUUGGUCAUUCAAUUGCAUGUGCUACAAAUCCUUAUCAAGAUCCGUACUAUGGGGGCAUGAUGGCAGCUUAUGGACCCCAGCAAUUGGGAUUUGCUCCUUUUAUAGGAAUGCCCCAUGCCAGAAUGCCAUUGCCUCUUGAGAUGGCACAAGAGCCUGUUUAUGUGAAUGCUAAGCAAUACCAAGGAAUUCUGAGGCGAAGACAGGCUCGAGCAAAAGCAGAACUUGAAAAGAAGCUAAUAAAAUCCAGAAAGCCAUAUCUUCAUGAAUCUCGGCAUCAGCAUGCUAUGAGAAGGGCAAGGGGUACCGGAGGGCGUUUUGCAAAGAAAUCUGAAGUUGAGGGCUCAAACAAGGGCAAGGAAAAGGAUGGUUCAGGUCCAGUCCUGUCAUCACAGUCAAUCAGUUCAUCUGGUUCUGAACCUUUGCCUUGCGAUUCCAAUCAAACUUGGAACUCUCCCAAUGUGCAACUAAAUGCAAGGGGAUCGAAAGUGCACGACAAAUACGAAAAUGGCAGUGGCUCCUACCACAGUCAUAAUGGUUUGCAAUCUUAUCAUUUGCAUUCUGGUGACAGAGUGGACGAAGGGGACUGUUCGGGUCAGCAACGGGGAAGCAUCACCAACGAGCACGCAUCGGCGAGGCGCCUUGCUAUUCAGUAGACCCCUGCAUGCGGGGGGUAUAGAUGCCAAGGUUGGUUUGUAUCCUAGUGUCAUAUAUUGGAUGAAUACCUUGGUUAUCUGUAAAACAUUCUUGGCAAAUAUACAUGCCAAGCGGCAAAUCAUUCUUGGCUUUGUUUCUGUUUAUGGUGUGAAAUGAUGUUUGGGGAAAGAAUGAUGGUGAUUGGGGUAUGUGAUUUCUGUUGAAGUCAAAAAUCAAUCCUCCAUUCUUUUCUCAUUCUUUUUGCAUUUUGUACAGAGUGAAUAGUGUUAGUGAGAGCUCAAGCCGAGAUGGAUGGUCAGAUCAGAAGACUUUGAUGGGAACAAAACUAUUGAUGUACCAACUCUCAGUUUGACUGGUUUUCUUAGCUUGUGUAACCUCACCGGUUGUUUAAUGUUAACGUGAUGAGACAUCAUAGGACAAUUUGACUCA